CUAGGCCGCUCUUCAAAGUCCACUACAUCCAAGCCUGCACACCUAGCAUAUCGAGCUAGGGAAACGCCGCGUUAUAGUAGUGGAGCACUGCCAGUUCGUGCAAACCGAGGAGCCAUGGCGCUCCUCCUCGAGCCUUGGAUCUUGAGCCUUGUCUUGAACCUUGGACCUCGCCACUAAAUCGGACUUCUGCACCACGACCUUUCUAGGUUGUAGCGGGCAUAAGCCCGCAAUUGCCACUAAGGGCAAUUACCUAUCGUUCGUGGGAUCACCAAUCGGUUUCGCACCAAUCUUUCGCCUUUUGCGUAAUUGGGCUUUUAUCCGGAUUCAUACCCGGGUCCCUUCUGCCGUAAGGACGAGUCAAAUCGCUAACUGAGUUAGCGAUCCGGUGAUUUCGUGCCCUUGUUGCCUGGUGCCUGGCUGCCUGGCGCCCGCCCUGCUGUGAUGCCCUGUGAGUGCUGAUCUUGGGCAGCUAUGCAGUUGCUGGGUGAUCCUGGUCGGUUCCGCCUGGUGUCUCAGCGCAGCCAAGCCACCAGGGGCCAACACCAGCCAUACAGCACACCCGCACACGGCGCGGCCACAGCAGCACAUGCCGUGCCGUGUGGGGGGCCUGCGUUUGGGCAUCACCGCCCACUGCCAGACUUGGCAGCGGACCGCACCCCUGCAGGUGGGGGCAACACUGCCAGCCCGUUCUUCAGCCCCGGGCUGCAGCUCCACCUUGCCCUGUCCACGCAUAGCCUGGCGCACGGCGUGCAGGACCUGACGACGCAGCCUCAGGGCCCCAGCCUGCCUACCUACCCAGUCCUUCUGGUGGGUGCCACCACGGGGCUCCCAGAGGGCGAGCAGCUGUCCUCAGCCGGCGUCCGGGAAGUGACCAGUGCUGCCCUGUCAGUGCUGGACACCAUGUGCCGGCAGGGCAACCAGCCGCAGCUCUUGCAGGGCCACUCUCUGCACAGCACAGGCCACCCCUCCCGCACGUUUGCGGGGCUGGCCUUCAGCCGGCGCGCGACCAGCACCAGCAAAGCAGCCUUCACAGCGGAGCUCAUGCGCAAGUCGCCGCUGGCGGUACCGCUCCAGCGCGGUCAGGCUGUCCUCACGGUUCACGUGCCAGUGGACACCCGGCCCAUCAUUCCGGGCACCUACACCGUCACGGUCAAGAUGGUAGGGGGCCCUGUGUGGGGGGCUUUCCGCGGUCGCACCGAUUUGGUGCUGCAGGCGGGCGGCUAUCCCACCACCUCGGACCCCUCUAACCUGGCGUGUGCUUAUGUGGUCUCAGAGCAGUGCGCCAAAUCGGUGGGCCCCAAGGGGGAGCCCCAGGCCCCCGCAGGCCAGGGCAUCACCAACCACAUCUUUGCCUGUGUGCGGGGCCCAGUCUGGGACCCGCAGCUCUCUCACCUGCACUGUGCCAAGUUUGAGAUGCCCGGUGAGGAGCCCAUGCAGGUGGAGGUCCGUGGCGCCCCCCAGGCGGCUGGGGCGGCCACGACAGCUGCGGCAGGCAGCCCUGCUCCGGCUGCAGCCAGGGUCGCCGACCUGGGUGGCAACACCUUGGGUGUGGCGAGGCCCGCGGCUGCCAUGGCGACCGCAGCGGACAUCGUUGACCACGUGGGGGACGUGCAGAUGCAGGAGGCGGCGGGUUUGGGUGACGUGGCGGCUGCAGCUGGUGGCGCCAGCGGGCCACACAGCGGGGCCCCGCCCCCGCUGCCAGUUCUGGUGGCGGGGGGAAGCAACCGUGCUGCUGCGGCUGCCCUGCGGGCCAUGCUGCAGCAGCAGCCCUCUUCACAGCAGCGGGUGACAGCGGGAGGGCUUAGCGGGGUCCAGCCGGCGGCAGGCGUGGGGGGGCCGCCGGCGGCCAGGCCUCCCCCUGCCGGUGCUGGGCCGGCUGGCGUGCAGCAGCAGCACAGUGGCGUUCCCGCGCCACGGCCGCCCUUGGAUCAGCAGGCAGCCGCUGGGCAGGAUCAGGAGCAGACCGCUGUGAUGCAGCGGUACUUGGCCGAGCUGGCGGACCUCAAUCUCCAGCGGCAACGGCGGUUACAGGAACAGCAACAGCAGCAGCAGCAGCUGCAGCGCCAGGGGCAGUCGCCCAGGCCCCGGACCGGCUCCCAGGUUGUGGUCCUGGCCACGCUGGGGGGGCAGGACAGGGCGGGCGGUGGCCCUGGCGUGGCGGCGUCACGGCGUGGGCAACGUGUUGACAUAGUUGACCACGUGGGGGACGUGCAGAUGCAGGAGGCGGCGGGUGUGGGUGACGCAGGGGCUGCCGCUGGUGGCGCCAGCGGACCACCCGCCGUGGCCUCACCCUCGCUGCCAGCUCUGGUGGCGGGGGGAAGCACCCGUUCUGCUGCGGCUACCCUAAGGGCCGAGCGACAGCAGCAGCCCUCUUCACAGCGGCGGGUGGCAGCGGGAGGGCUUAGCGGGGGGCAGCCGUCUGCAGGCGUGGGGGGGCCACCGGCGGUCAGGCGUCGUACUGCCUGUGCUGGGUCGGCUGGCGCGCAGCAGCAGCCCAGUGGGGCUUCCGCGCCGCAGCCGCCCUUUGAUCAGCGGGCGGCCGCCAGGCAGGAUCAGGAGCAGACCGCUGUGAUGCAGCGGUACUUGGCCUACAUGGUGGACCUCCAUCUCCAGCAGCAACGGCGGGUACAGCAACAGCAGCAGCAGGAGCAGCAGCGCCAGGUGCAGCCGCCCAGGCCCCGGACCGGCUCCCGGUUUGAGGUCCUGGCCACGCUGGGGGGACAGGACGGGGCGGGCGAUGGCGCUGCCACGGCGGCGCCCGGGCGUGGGCGACGGGUGCAACCAGCCGCGCACGCACCGCCGCCACCGCUGCAGCAACAGCCCCGCUCCAAAGGGCGCUGUGGCCCCGCCCAGCUCCCGCAGCAGAGGGCAGGGCGCUUGGGCGGCGGGCUGCCUCCCCCGCAGGACGGUGCUAGCUCGCCGCCGCGCGUGCCCACUGGGCGGCCGACCGGGGGACAGCAGGCUGGUGGGGGCAGCGGGUUGGGGCGCCAGGGUGGAGGAGUGGGGCGGGCAGUGCCCCAGCCGCUACCCCAGGCGCGGCCGCCACUGCAAACGUCACAACCGGCGGGUGGUGGUAAGGGCAGGGACAGGGGCCUGGGCGCGCCGGCUGGGGGUUCGGCCGACACGGCUGGGCGCGCUGGUGGGGGUGCGGGCAGUGAGGCAGAGUACGGGGCCGUUUGCCUGACCCGGGACACGUGCGUUGCCAUUGGCUCUGACCUCGUGACGCACCAGAACCGCUGCGCAGAUGUGCAGGGGUUUGAGUGGGCGCAGCUGGGCCACGACACGCUUGGUGGCCGCCUCCUCGCCUACCUCCGUGACCAGGGCGCCACCGUACCGGACUGGGCCGUCUGCCGCGUGCCGGCCGGCCGUACCGCCGUCCUGGCACAGCUGCACGACGAGUUCACUGGCUGGUGGCGCCUAUACUCAGCCCAGCCUGCAGACACGCCCCUGCCUUCCGAUGUGACGGAGCAGCUGGAUGACGCCGCGCAGCAGGUGCAGACGGCCUACAUGGACUACGUGCUCCUAGACGCCCGCACCCUGCGGUCCGCUAAGCGUGGGCUGGCGGACCCCGGCGGGGCCAGCGGGCCCAGCCGCCGGCAACGCCAGCACCGCAGCCGCAGUACCUCCAGCCUCAUGAGCCUGGGCAGCGCUCCAUUGCACCCCGGCGGCGCCAGCUCAGUGAAUGUCAACGGCCUGGGCUCGCCGCUCAAGGCGCGGGCGCUGGUCUCGCACCUGCAGCAAGUUGGGGCGGAUGUGGCGAUGGUGCAGGAGACCCACGCUACUGACACGACGGUGCUGGAGUCUUGCCUUCGUGCCGCGCAGGGGGCGUGCCUUCCGUGGCGCCACUGCCUUGCUGCCAGCCCGGCAGCGUCGCCCCACUCCUGUGGGACGGCUAUCCUGGCGCGGAGUCGGCUGUCCCUUCCAGGCUGCGUACUGCAGCCGCCGUCAACGGAUGCGGCGGGCCGUGUGGUAUGUUGGGAUUGGGACGUGGGUCACCUGCGCCUGCGCUUCGUGUGUGUGUAUGCGCCCACGGCCGUGGCGGACAAGCCUGCUUUCUUUGCCGGGCUGCAUACCCACCUGGCCUCGGACAGGGUGCUUGUUGUCGGUGGGGACUGGAACUGUGUCACCGAUGCCAGUCAGGAGGCGGCCCCUAGCCCGUCACGUGCUGCAGGUGCCCCGCAACUUGCCAGCCUCCUCGCCCAGUUCAGUCUGGUGGACCCUUGGGCGAGCAAGCGUGGCGGCGCCAAGGGCUACACGCAUCCGGCCACGCCCAAGCCAGCCACUCCCGCACGCCUGGAUCGGUGGUAUGUCAGUUCCACCGCGGCGCCGUGGGUGCUGGAUGUCGCACGCACGUAUGGGGCGCCUGGGGACCACAACGGUGUGCUGCUCACCCUGUCCUUGCCCGACCUGCCACAUGCGCACCGGGAGCAGUGGCGCUUCCCCACAUACCUGCUGUUUCACCCCUCGCUGCGUCUGGAGCUCGAGCAGCGCUUGGAGGCGCACGUUGCCGCAAAUCCUGUGACCAGUACAGGUGACGGCGCUUGCACGCAAUGGGAGGCGGACAAGUUCUUCUUGCGGGAGGCCGCCACCAGCAUCCACCGUCGGCAUGCACGCCAGACCCGGGACGGGCUGCAUGGCGUGGUGCUGGCCGCAGACGCGGCCGCUGCCCUGGCCGACCGGCCGGGUGCCAGCGCCGCGCAGCGUCAGGCUGCGGCCAUGGCCAACUUGGCGGUGCGGGAGGAGCGGGCAGCUGCCGCAGCGGCCAGCCACAAUGCCCGCGCUGCACUGAUGGAGGAGCAUGGGGAGCGGGGCACUCGCUGGUUCCAUCGGCAGGCUGACGAGCCAGCAGCCGGCGCGCAGGAGCCCAUCACGCACUUGAAGGUGCCGGGGCAACCGGCGCCUGUGGCGCUCACGGGGCCGGGCACGCGCAACACUGUCUCCGCAGCCGCUGCAGCCAUGUACAGCAGCACCAGCCCCACCGGCCUGUUCCGCGUGCAGCCGGUCUGUACGGCGUCGCAGCAGCAGCUUCUGGCGGCCAUUGACCGCAAGGUUCCGGCGGAUCUGCAGGCCGCCGCAGAGGGGUCCGGUGACGGCGCCCUCAGUGAUGCAGAGCUGAUGGCAGCGCUGGCUGGCUCCGCCAAUGGUAAAGCGCCUGGGUCGGACGGGGUCCCGUACGAGGUGUACAAGGUUUUCUGGGCGCUGCUGGGUCCGCGCUUGUGUGCUGCUGCUGCCGCUGCCUUUGCUGCCGCUGCAGACGCCCACGAUGGCGGUGAAAUGGCGGCGGCGCUGCCCGCCUCCUGGCGGGAGGGCAUCAUCACCCUCAUCUACAAGGGCAAAAGCCUGGACCGCGCCGAGCUGGCGUCGUACCGGCCCAUCACGCUGCUCAACUGCGACUUCAAGAUGGUGUCCAAGGCCGUCAGCGCCCGCCUGCAGCCCGCCCUGGAUGCAGUUGUGGAUGAGCUGCAGACCGCGUUCAUCACCGGCCGCUGGAUUGGUGACAACGCGCUGUACCUCCAAGGCCUGAUCGAAUGGAUGCGCCUGGACGUGGGCGCGGACGGCACGCCACGGCAGGGUGGUGCGCUGUACUUCUUGGACAUUGAAAAGGCGUAUGACCGGGUGCACCGGCAGUGGCUGUAUGCGUCCGCGGAGGGACUUGGGUUUGGGCCGCGCAUGCUGCGCUGGAUCCGCCUGCUCACUGCCAACGGCUCUGCCCGCGUGUGUGUGAACGGGAUGCUCUCUGACGCCUUCCCAGUGCUGAACGGCUUGCCGCAGGGCAGCACCGCCUCACCACCCCUGUGGGUCAUCCAGAUGCAGCCACUGACGUCCUUUCUGCGGCGGCAGGUGGAGCAAGGGGCACUGCGCACGCCCCUGUUACCCAGCGGCGAGCAGGCGCCACCGGCUGCCCACCACGCUGACGACACGACCCUCACGGCGCGCGACCCGGCGGUGGACGGGCCGGUCCUGAUGGCGGCAGUACAGCUGUUCUGCCGCGCGUCCAACGCCCGUGUCCAUCCGGACAAGAGCAAGGCCAUGGGCCUUGGCAGGUUUGCGCACCUGACGGGCCCUUGCCCACACACGGGGGUGCCGUUUACCACUGGCGCCGUGACGCACCUGGGUGUGCCCCUGUCGUGGGACUCGGAUGCGGCUGCAGCUGACUUGUUCACCCGGCGGGCUCGCGGCAUAGCGUUUGUGGCGCGUCUGUGGGCUGCCCUGUCUCUGACUCUUGUUGGCCGUGUGCACAUUGCGAAGCAGGUGCUGGCGGCGAAGCUGGCCUACCACUUCAGCUUCCUCAACCCGUCGCCUGCGCAGCUGAAGGAACUCACCGACCUGGUGGACCACUUUGCUGCGCGGUCCAUGCACGCUGAGGACGCCAGCCUGGUGUCGCACGGGAACCCGCUCCUGCUGCCUAAGCGGGAAACGGCCUGUCUGCCGUACAAGGAUGGGGGUUGUUUUUUUUUUGAGGAAUCAUCCUUACAAGGUUGAACAGGGGCAGACGCGCUGCCCCCCGGCUGCCUGAAAGCAGCCUGGUCCCCGGGACCAGAACCCUGACAGGGCAAGAAGAGGAGAGAAGAGAAGAAAAACAGAAAACAAAC